CUUAGCUGUUCCCCACAUCCACUUACCGCCGAUAUACUCCGUCUGUCUGGAGUCCUCGAAUCAUGCAUAUUUCCACAACAAAAAUCUCCAGCUUCACGGUCUCACUCGCCCACACUCAUAACUUCAGUUAUCUCUACUGGCACGACUGGCGUGAAUAAUAGUGCCCCCGUUACUGUCAUGCCUUCAUCUGCUAUGUCUCUUGGAGCAAAACCUUCCUCUAUUUACGAUACCAUACCCAGUCGUCAUCUCGAAACAUUCCAUAUAAAUGGGGCUAUUGUUCCUCUCUCUGACGAUUCCAAUUCAACAGCUAAGCCUUCGGAGAAGACAUCAAUCUACAACAAAAGACAUAUGCCUUUUGGAACCAGUCCAUCAGAGACCUUUGGAUACGUACACGUUUCACCGGAUCCCAUUAACACCCCUCCCUCCGCCUCGCCUAUCAUUCUAUCAACACCUACCACACUAUCAUUGUCGACCAACCACAUGAUAUUGCCUCUUAACCAUCGGCAGACACAAAAAAAUAUUGCCACGGGGGAUGAUGCACUUCAGGUGACCUGCAUAGCUCCUCUUCCCUCUGUAUCUUCCCCAUUAGCAAACAGAGGAAAUGUUGAAGAGAGCGGAGGAAACAUUUGCAACAGUAAUCAUGUUGGUAUUGGCCUUAGUUGUGACAUACUUUCAACUUCUGAGGAUUCUAAGUUGGCUUCCGCAAAACGCCUCCAUAUAGCCACUGCCGAUUUGAGCUCGAACUUUGUGAUGAGCUCUAAUGAACUCCUAGUAGGAAAGUCUUCGGUAUUCAUCGAAUCUGAAGAGGUGGACGAAACAUGCUUGACUCCAGCACAAAGAUUUAAAAAGGUACGUUAA